UCUCAUUUUAUCUCAACUGCCUCAUCUCACGCAUUUCUCAUUCUUAAAAACAUCAUUCUUGAAUAAAAAUAGUCAAAAUGGGCGUCAUCGGACUCACUGCCAGCGGCCUCGUCGGCGCUUUGCACAGCUACAUCCUGGUUCUGGAGAUGUUUCUUUGGACGAAGCCUCGUGGAAGAAAGGCUUUCAGACUCACACCCGAAUUCGCUGAGCAGACCAAGACAAUGGCUGCCAAUCAGGGCCUCUACAACGGCUUCUUGUCCGCUGGACUGAUUUGGUCGCUUCUUCACCCAAAUACUGAGUUCUCGAAGCAGCUUCAGAUCUUCUUCAACGGCUGUGUCUUGGUUGCGGGUGCAUAUGGCGGUCUCACCGCCAAUAAGAAGAUUCUCUAUAUCCAAGCCGCUCCCGCGGCUCUUUCUCUUGGACUUGUUCUGUUGGAUAUGUAGAGCGUUAUUGUGAAAGUAUGGAUUCGGCCCCUAGGCUUUGGUAAUAUUUGUCCGCUGACAUUCUGAUAGUAUGACUUAUAUACAGUUUAUUGAGCUUGAAUCGUUUGUUUAUCCAGCUAUUUUCUAGUGAAUAUGUGAGUGCCCAGCAUUGCAAAAGUAUGGCGUCAUUAUGUCUUGGGCCAGCAAAUGCUUUGUUGCUGUUCAAUACCAGCUUGUUGUUUUAUUACUACCUUCAGUAUCUAAUGCGAAGCGAACUUCCACUGUGUUGUGACCAUGGACGGCUCUCUUAUGGGGACCCAGCGACUCUUUUAGCAAGCGCAUGCCU